GUCCUGGCUGUUCUUCUAUUGCAUUUGGGGCCAUGGAGGAACUCGGACCUUUUAGAGUUCACAGUGAUGGAAAAACAUUAUACAGGAAUCGUUAUGCAUGGAAUCUUGUUGCAAAUGUAUUGUUUUUGGAGUCUCCUGCUGGAGUAGGAUUUUCUUAUACAAAUACAAGCAGUGACUUCAACUCAACUGGAGAUAAGAGAACAGCUAAUGAUAAUGUUGUAUUUUUACUGAAUUGGCUCGAGCGGUUUCCCGAGUACAAGAACAGAGAUUUUUACAUUUCUGGUGAAAGUUAUGCGGGUCAUUAUGUACCUCAAUUGGCACAUGUAAUUCUUCACCUUAACAAGCGCGCCAACAAGACUCUUAUCAAUCUAAAAGGAUUUAUUAUCGGGAAUGCAGUGAUCAAUGAAGAUACAGAUAACGUAGGAAUGUAUGAAUACUUUACCUCUCAUGCCCUAAUAUCAGAUCAAACUUUCCUUGAUAUCCACAAAUAUUGUUACUCCGAUUUUUACAAUGAGAAAAAGUGCAACAAGGCAGGUGCAGUUUCAGACAGCAAUACCGAUAAUCUUGACAUCUACAACAUUUAUUUUCCCUUGUGCCACGAUGACAAUCUCACCAAACACCCUAAAUUCCCUUCUACAUUGCAAUUUGAUCCAUGCUCCGACAAUUACAUUUAUGCUUACUUGAACAGGCGGGAUGUUCAAGAGGCGCUCCACGCUAAUGUCACCAAUAUCAGCUAUGAUUGGGAAGCUUGCAGUGAUCCUCUUUUUUACAAUUGGAAAGAUAGUCCGUUGACUAUAAUUCCUCUCCUACAAGAGUCUUUGGCAAAUGGUGUUCGAGUAUGGAUUUUUAGUGGUGAUACAGAUGGAAGAGUACCUGUAACUUCUUCAAAGAGAUCUAUAAAGGCAAUGGAGCUUACAGUAGACAAACCUUGGCGCUCUUGGUUGUAUGGAGGAGAGGUUGGAGGAUACAUAGAAACAUAUAAAGGAGGACUAACAUUUGCAACAGUAAGAGGGGCAGGACAUGAAGUUCCGAGUUACCAACCUGCUAGAGCCCUUUCUCUUAUUUCUCACUUCCUUUCGGGUACAGCACCUCCAGGAGAUGCUUAA